AUGGCCAACCAAUCCACUGUGAUGGAAUUCCUUCUGAUGGGAUUUUCUGAUGACCAUGAUUUACAACUUCUGUUCUUUUUUCUGUUUCUCUUUAUUUACUUGAUAGCUUUGGUUGCAAAUGUAUUCAUUGUGUUGGUUGUGGUCCUGAAUAACCACCUCCACAUACCUAUGUAUUUCUUUUUGGUCAAUUUAUCCUUGACUGAUAUUUGUUAUAUCACAACCACCAUCCCCAAAUCAAUGGCAGUUUUAUUGACAGAUAACAAAACAAUUACUUUUCCUGGAUGUAUAGCUCAAGUGUUCUUAGUUAUUGCUUGUGUAGGUUCUGAGGUUGCCUUGCUCACCAUCAUGGCUUAUGAUCGUUAUGUAGCUAUCUGCCGUCCUCUGCAAUAUAGCCUUAUUUUGAACUGGGAUGCAUGUAGUCAAAUGACAAUUGCUUCCUGGAUUAGUUCUCUCAUUUAUGCUAUGUUGCUUACCACCAUAACCUUCCAAUUGCAUUUCUGUGGAUUGAACAUCAUUGGACAGUUUUUUUGUGAUGUUCCUCAACUGCAAAAUAUUUCUUGCACUGAUACAAAAUUUAAUCAAAUUCUUAUGUGGAUAGUUGGAUUCAUUGCGAGUUCAUUUUGUACUGGAUUUGUUUUUGCCUCUUAUGGUUAUAUCUUCUCAGUUAUUCUAAAAAUUCCAUCCACUCAAGGUAGAUACAAAACCUUCUCAACGUGCAGUCCACACUUGACAGUCUAUUCUUUAUUUAUCAUUACAUCUAUGUUUUCGUACUUGAGACCACAAAAUCUUUCUUCUCCCACAAUAGAUUUACUGUCUGCUGUAUUGUAUGCAGUGUUGCCUCCUGUUCUGAAUCCCAUCAUUUAUAGCUUCAGAAACAAGGAUAUCCAAGAGGCUGUAUGGAAAGUAAUGUCAAAAUCUAAUCUGGCACGUUAG